AUCCAGGUUAAUUGGUCCGCGCUCGCAGCGAAGCAACAGCAUCGGCUCUUAUCUGCAUGGCGUCUUUGUUUUCUUGCAUGCAUGCAGCAAUGCGGUAUGUUUUCGGGGCCUCGGCUCGCAGGAACGAGAAUGAAGAGAUAUAGCGGUGGCACAUGGUGGGGUGAUCGCGCGUGUGGUCCCUGCGAGCCUGCGAGCCAAGUAUCCUAGCAACGUUCACGCGCACCGGGCCUCUCGGCGCAGUGUUGUCCCCGACAAAGUUUACCUUAGCGGGGCCCCAUCCUAUCUAAAAAGACAGAACGAAAGGACGGCACUGCUCUCUCUGUCUCUCUCUCGCGAGCGCGACCGGGAGUGGGGAUGAUCAAGAAAACGGGAGAGAGAGAGAGCAGCGGGCAUGGCCGUGCAGCGCCGCCCUCGCGGAGCGCCAGUCAGUGCAGAGACUCGCUGCCGAGCGAGAAGGUCGUUUUCUUCGAGGAGCUGUCGAGAGUGAGUGCGUGCUGGAUAGUGCGUGUUCGCGUGUGUGUGUUCGCUACGGAUACGAAGAUCGAGCAAGAGACUUGUGCCCGAGCCUCUUUUCUCGUCGGACCAGCUGAGCGGAAAGCAAGUUAUCGGCAACCGGGCAAAUGCACGAGGGACCAUGGUCGCUGCGUCCGGCCCUUCAGGGAUCCUAGCGGGACGCCCCUCCUCGCAGCAACAACGCCAGGAGGCUAGCAGUAGCAGCAGCAGCGGCAACAACAACAACAACAACAACAACAACAACAAUAACACUAGCAGCAACAAGAUCGGCAAGCAGCGGCUGGACGACAAGAGGCAUGAGUCGGAUCUGUACGUCAGGCCCAGCUGGACUGACGCUACUAUCGCUCUCGAUCAGCUUGAAAAGGGCAAAGCAGAGGGACAGAGGUCAGUGGUAUGGAUACGAGCGAGGCUACAAGAAGAGUUAUCGCAGUUGGGCAGCUUCUUGCAGCGCCACCCGGGCAAGACCCUCUUCGUCGCGGUGGUAGCACUGGCGACCUUUUGCGUGGCCUUGAAAUCUGUCAGCGUGCACAGUCGCGCCGAGCAACUGUGGGUCCAGGAGGGAGGCAGAUUGGAGCGCGAGCUGAGGUACGCCACCGAAAACCUUGGCGAGCCAGCGACGUCCACUCAUCAGUUGGUCAUACAGACUCCUCGUGACCACGACGCGAAUAUCCUACAUGCUAACGCCCUCAAGGAACACCUCGCCGUCCUUAAGAUCGCUACCCAGGUGAACGUUCGACUAGGCGACACCAUUUGGAGGCUCAAUGACUUGUGCUAUGCGCCGGCCGGGCCCAACUUCGAGAUACACUACAUCGACCAGAUUUUCGAUAGCGUGACCCCUUGUGCCAUCAUCACACCCCUCGAUUGCUUCUGGGAGGGUAGCCAGCUACUCGGGCCAAAAGAUCCCAUUCGCAUACCCGGUUUAGAAAAAGACCCACCAGUAAAAUGGACAAACCUUAAUCCAAUGAAGAUGGUCGAAAAGAUCAAGAAGUUAAAUUUCACCUUCCCAUACGCAACGCUCGAGGAUUUCAUGAAGCGCGCAGGCAUAACAAACGGCUACCAGAGCAAGCCGUGCCUCAACCCUCAAGAUCCCGAGUGCCCGGAAACAGCACCAAACAAAAAUUCCGCAUACCCACCAGACAUCGGACAAGAAUUAACGGGUGGUUGUUACGGUUUCGCCGCCAAAUACAUGCACUGGCCUGAAGAGCUGCUGGUCGGCGGUGCCAAGCGCAACAAGAGCGGUUAUCUUACUAGCGCAGCUGCGCUUCAAACUGUCAUUCAACUGAUGGGCGAACGCGAGCUUUACGAUUUCUACUCGUUGAACUACAAAGUUCACAAUGUCGGCUGGUCCACGGAAAAAGCUGCUUAUGUGCUCGACAAGUGGCAGCGUUCCUUUACAAAGGCACUCAAGGCCGCGCAAAACAACAGCGAACCAGUGAGAUACGAUCUUUACGCUUUCAGUACGACCACGAUGAACGACGUUCUCGGUGCGUACAGUAAGCUCGAUGUUCUCAAGGUGGUCAUUGGCUGCGUGCUUAUGGUUGCAUACGCUGGCUUCGCUCACUAUCGUUGUAAAGAUCUGGUGCGUUCGCAGUCUGGAGUAGCGAUGGCAGGAGUGAUGCUUGCAGUUGCUAGUUUAGCAGCAGGUCUGGGCUUUUGUACUUUGCUGGGUAUUCCCUUCAAUGCGGCGAGUACACAGAUAGUGCCAUUCCUUAGCUUAGGCUUGGCUGUGCAAGACAUGUUCCUGCUGACGCACACCUACGCCGAAUUAUCGGUAAACGAAGUGCCGAGUAAUCUCCAGACCGGUGUGGUAUUGAAACGAACCGGUCUGUCGAUUCUAUUGACUAGUCUGUGCAACGUCGCUACUUUCUUCGCCGCCGCGAUGAUUCCAAUUCCAGCGAUGCGCGUUUUCUGCCUUCAAGCUGGAAUUUUAUUAUUGUUUAAUCUCGCUGCUACAUUGCUGGUUUUUCCAGCUAUGAUCAGUCUUGAUUUACGUCGAAGACGCUCGGGGCGCUCGGAUAUUUUCUGUUGCUGUCUGCCGGCUCUUGCUGAACCAAAGCGCAGUGUUUCGAAACCAAGACACACCGCUGAGCAGCAAGUGCUAACGAAGAAAUCCAAAUUAGUGCAGCAGCAGCAACAGCAGCAACAACAAAGUGAGAACUGGACGGAAUCAGCGGAGAAUUCAAGUUUGACGGGUUGUUCGCAGGACGACUGCUUAUCGUUUUCGCUCACUCGACUUGUGUCAAAAUACUACGCACCAUUCAUCACCUCGUCGCCAACGAAAACCUUCGGCGUGUUGAUCCUAAUCGUGAUAUUCAUCGGUAGUGCGUACGAGGCAAUGCGAAUUGACGAUGGUCUCGAGCUUGCCGAUCUCGUGCCAGCUCACUCGGACGAACAUGCCUUCCUUGCGGCUCAAAGUCGACAUUUUGGUUUCUACAACAUGUUCGCCGUGACUGGUCGUGAUUUUGAUUACCCGAAUCACCAGAGGCUACUCUAUGAUUAUCACGAUGCUUUUGUCAGAGUGAAGAACGUUGUAAAGAAUGACAACGGUGGUUUGUCCGAAUUCUGGCUUGGCCUUUUCCGCAACUGGCUGAUCAAUUUACAACGAGCAUUCGACAGAGAUUUUACAAACAACUGCAUCACCUCCGAAGGUUGGCACAUGAACGCCACCGACGAGGCUGUACUAGCCUACAAGCUUCUCGUGCAAACCGGCGACGUUGAUAACCCAGUCGACAAGUCACUCGUAACUCAAGUGAGACUUGUCAACUCCGAGGGCAUAAUCAAUCCACACGCGUUUUAUAACUAUUUAAGUGCGUGGGUAGCCAAUGACGCAUUAGCUUACGGCGCUUCGCUGGCGAACUUACGACCGGAGCCAAUCUCGUGGACUUACACGAAGGAAUUCGAGUUGAAGAUUCCCAAAAGUUCACCCAUCGAGUACGCACAGAUGCCGUUCUACCUAUACAAACUCAGCAAUACCGCUGACAUCACUCAGCUUAUCGCUAGUGUGCGUGCCGUUUGCCGGAAAUUCGAGGAAAGGGGAUUGCCUAAUUUCCCCUCGGGUAUUCCCUUCGUGUUCUGGGAACAAUAUAUGGAUCUGAGGAGUUGCCUCGGGAUCGCUCUAUUAGCUGCUCUCGGCGCAUGCGUCUUCGUUGUUGGCAUUCUUUUGCUCAACUUUUGGGCGGCGAUUUUCGUUGGGGUUGCACUGACUGGUGCUAUUCUGCAGCUCGUGGGAAUUAUGGGUCUCUCGGGGAUCAAGCUUAGCGCCGUCACGGCUGUAUUAUUGGUCCUCAGCAUUGGAAUUGCUGUGCGUUUUACCGUGCACAUCUGUUUGAGUUUCAUAACGAGUGUUGGCAGUCGCGAUCGUCGAGUACGACUGGCAUUGGAGCACAUGUGUGCUCCAUUGAUCCACGGAGCGGCGACGACACUUUUGGCAGCGAUGAUGCUCGGGUUCUCCGAAUUCGAGUUCAUCGUUCGUCACUUCGUCUUGGUCCUCGUCAGCCUCAUAGGCGUGAGCCUUGUCAACGGACUUUUCUUCUUCCCCAUUCUACUGUCACUAAUCGGUCCGGCUGCGGAAGUAAUACCGAACGAACAUCCGGAUCGCAUUUCCACUCCCACGCCGCCAGCCUCGCCCAUUCCUCGAAGGCGCUCAUCUUCUAAGCCCCCGGCCCCGCCCAAACGGCUGCAGCAUCGUAUCUACGAGUCCCCGGUACACAGUGAACCUUCUUCCGGUGGACUUACAACGAUUAUCGAAGAACCAAAUUCUUGGUGUAGCCAGCAAGAAUCUUGUAUCAUAGUACAGCCGGAAGUUAAGGUCGAAACGUCGACGUGCGCUAAUCAGAAUUGUAGCGGAUCAGAUUCGAGCGGCUCUAGUCGAACAUCGCCAGUACCACCGCCAUCACACAUCACUACUAAAGUCACCGCAACCGUUACUGCCAAGAUCGAGGUUCACACCCCGCUAUCUCGAAGCAGUCGCAGCGAUAAAUGUCGACACUCGUCGAGCAAUAGGUCUCGAAGCUCGAGGUGCACGACAUUAGUGAACACGGCCGAGUCAUCAGGUUCGAGCUCCGAGCCGGACUCUGACACCAGCUAUAACAAGAAUAAGACCAGCACGCGUUAAUUUCUGAACUUUUCUGCGUGGAAUAUUUACUUACUCUUUGAUCUUAAAUGAGAACUUGCGACUGACACGUUUUAUGAUUACUAUUACUAUUAUUAUUAUUAUUACUUUUAUUAUUACUUAUUAUUUGAGUCUUCCUCGUCCGAGCGCGUUGUCAUAGUUUUAGCGCGUUAUAUGUACUUAUCUGUUGGCAUUCAAAGAGUGAAAGAGAAAUAGAUUUUCUCUAUUGAGAGCUUGAAAAAAACUAAAUUCGUUGCAAUAUAUUAAGUGUAAAAACGAGUGAGGGAGACUCGAAUGACUUUUUUGCGUUCUAAAAAUUUUAUACGCUAUACGGACACUUCUAGUUGAACGACGAAAAGUAUUACAUGACUAAGAAUUAAUAUUUCACUUGAGCGUAAUAUUAUUAUGAUUAUCCGAGAUUAAUCUUGGAACGAGAGACUAGAAAAAAACCGGCCAAAUGUAAGUUCCUCAAUAUAUUUUUUUUCCUUUCUUUUCGUAAAAACGUGUGCACAUUUCACCCGACUUUUGCGGAACGAAGCUAUUAAAUGUCUGAAAGCAUUUUUUUGUCAUUGAGAUUGACUCAAUUACUGUAAAUAAUUUUGUUUUAUCGCGAAUCGCGAAUGAGUGGUGCGAGACUAGUUCAAUUUGUUACCAAUGGCAGUGUGAGCUUUAAAAAAUCUCUAAGACGAACGACACUGCGGUAGAGAUUCUACGCAUUCUAAAAUUGAUCAUCAAGAGUUUGAGCACCAUAUUUAUUUUAUUAUUUUCCAACAGCAUUAAACUGUAAUAUGUAUUGUGUGAGUGUACGAUUUUGAAUUUUGAGUAAUUUAUUAUUUAUUUUAGAGUUAUCCUGUGAAUUACGAGAUAGAAACUUUGCCUCUUCUCGUGAUUCAAACGACCUGUCAUCUAAAUACCACUAGAGUAUUUAAAAAGAAAUCAACUUGAUAAACUCUGUAAUGUCAUAUAUUUUUCGCAUUGUUUUCGUGCGAUUUGUAAAAAGUUUUUAAUUAUUUAUAUUGCACUAUAACAAAAUAAAUAUUUGCGAAGUCGACGAUUAAUUUAACUGAAAUUUUACUAUUGUAUAGGUGAAGAAAUGAGCAAUCGACGCCUAAAAGCUGUAUAAAUAUGUAAUGUAAUAUAUUUUAUACAUAUAGAGUUAUAUAUAUUAUGAUACUCAUGGUAAGAUGUAAAAUUUUUCAUUUUUCUCGAGAUAGGAAAACAAACUGCGUUUAAUGGAAAAAAUCCACUAUUCAAUUGUCAUUUUGAUAUGAAAACCUGAAAUAACAUCAAGUCAUUUUUUGUAUACAACGCUUAGCUUGUAAUUGUGUUAUUUAAACGGGAAAAAAAGAAGUCCUAUAUGAUAAGACUAAUCAUUUAAAGUCGUUCCAGACUUUGUAUAGAGAGAAACUCUUGCGUUGAUUGCAAUGUAAGCAUGAUGGGAAAAAUAGUCAAUUAUUCCCUUGUAUUAACUUAAUAAGUGCUAUAAAUUUACAACGAAACAAGAAAAAUAGUUAAAUGCGCCAAACUUAAUUUUUGUAUAACGUUGUCGCGCGGCCUCGUUUUUUUAUAUUGUACAUAAUAAACAAUGACGUUGUAAUAAAUGUA